UUUGAACCAGGAGAAAUGUAGGAACGGCCUCUGGGCACACUAGGCUGCAAAAAAAAUCCCACAGUAUCAAUACAGUGGGCACAAGUAAAAAAAAAACACAAAACAAAAGGAAAAAGAAUUGCCACUGUGCGGACGUGUGUUGAGUUUCGGAGAUUGUUUGGAUUCCGGUUUAGAAUGUUUAGAAGAAUCUGAAUUUUCGCAAGCUCGAUAAUUUGAAAAAGUACGAACUAUCAACUAAAAACUAAAGUGAACUCCGAGGGCGACGCACCUGAACUUCGGGACAGUAUCAUGGCAGAAUCGGUGAAAACAGAUAGCACCAGUCAGCAAAGGCCUCUAGAUGGUGGCGGCGGAGGAGGAGGAAGUGGAGCGGGCAGCGGAGGAGGGGGCGGAGGAAUCCCUAAGCGCAAGCAUCGUCGCGGGAAGAAGUCCAAAAUGCUACCCAAGAAGACCAAGAAUCAAUAUCCGCAGUGGAAGCUGGACAUGCCAGCCAAGGGUGCGGGAGGCGGCCAUGUGGAAGGAAAUCCCCGUCAGAGUUCUAGUCGGACCAAGCUGGUCCGCUCCAGGUCGCUGCUCGUGCCCUACAACACCAAUCGCUUCUUGAUGGAGGAGCAUAUGUCGGAGCUGCCCAAAGACGACUCCGACGACAACUGCUUCAGCUCACAGACGGAGGACCAGGUCCUCUUCCUCUCCAAGGAGUUCUCCAAUGUCUACGAGAGGGCCCGUCUGGAGCGUUUGGAGACGAUGAGCAAGCAGGACUUGAUCCAGGAGUGCCUGGCAAUUGAGGACCGCUACUCCAAGGCCCAGAACGUGUCCAAGGAGUUUGGAGCUAAGAUACGAGCAUUGGAAGACAAGAUACGCCAGCUGAGCAGGGAGAAUCAAUUGAUCCGCUCCCAUUAUCUGCGAUCGUGCCCGACUUCAGCCGGACCGGCAGCAGCGGCUGCGGCCGCCGCCUCCCCACCAUCUGCGGUGGCGCCCACACCCAGCUCCGCCCGGGAACUACAAGCCAGGCAGCAACCACCGCAGCAGCCACAAGAGCUGCUUCAGCCCACGCCCAUGGACUCCUCGAGCGAGGACAGUGAGAGCGACAGCAGCAGUUCUACGUCAAGCACGUCCAGCAACUCCUCUUCGUCAAGCAGCGAUGGACACGAAAUGGGCGUAGCAGGCUUGAACAUAGCCAACGGGCAUGCCGAGCGGCACGACAAAAGCCGCUCUCGCUCCAGAUCCCGUUCCCCUAUCCACCUGAACGGCCACGCCAAUGAGGAGGAACGCCAGGCUCUAUUGGACAGCAACCAAAUGGAUGAGGACGACAACUCCAGCGACGGCAUAAAGCAGGCCGAUGCUGAUGUAAAAUAAGGCGGAAAUGGCCCUCCGACAGUGUAUAUAAACGAGAGGAAGUUUUGACAUCCUGGGACCAUGUCCCUGAUGUCCAACCUUGUUUAGUUUUAAGUCAUCAUCAUCCGCAUUUUGUCCAAAACAUUCAUUAGCAUUAUGAGCCUCCCCCAUGUAUUUUGUUGGCAUUCAAUCUGUAAAAUACUUCAAAGUUUAAAGACGUUGCCUCGAUUUUAAUGGAAUUUUUUUAAUGAAUCCGAUUUGUAGGAAAUAAAACGUUUCGAUUGCGA